ACUUCGGCGUUAACGGUUGUGUAACGGUGCUGAAUUUUUAACCGAACGCGCGCUAAACUUUGUGUUAGUGUACCAUAUGUAUAUAAGAUGGUUAUUGAGAAUAUACUUAUGUAUAAGAAUAUGUAAGCAUAAAGCCGGUGGAAUCGCCACAGUUCAAAGUUGAAGGUAGAAAUAAGUUUGUGGUGGAGUUUAAAGCUGAAUUCGAUAUUACUGCACGAAUAUGCUCGAGCAGCUGUACUGCAAUCGUGUUAGUUUGAUAUUGUUAAGUUAUGUGAAGAAAGAAAGUAAUAUAAAUAAUUACGUAGUUAUUUUUUUACAAAAUGUGAGCAAUUAAAAAAAAAUAAAAUUAAAAUCUGCAAAGGAAUCGAAAAACAUUUAAAGGUAGUAAAAAAUUUCGAGAGAUAUCAUCAAAAAGUGAAAUAAAAUUUCUUUGAAUGUGAAAGUGAACUAGAAAUUCUUGGACAAAUAUGUAAUCUAAAAAUUUUAAUGCCAAAAGGAAACAGGACAAUGUUGUAUAAUAACAAAUAAAAAACGCAGCCGAAUAUAUUUACGUAACAAAUUUUUACCAUUUCAUAAAAAUUUUGCAAAAUCUGAAAUAGAAAUAAAUUUCUUAAUUUUCUUCAUGAUUGUUUAAUAAUAGCAAUAUGCAAUAAAAUUAUAAAAUUAAUAAAAAAAUGUAAAGUUUAUAAAUUAUUUAUGUAAUGGCAAAAGCUAUUCACGGCAGAAUGUGCUACUAAUUGAUAGAAUAUAUUUAUCAAUUAAUUUCUAAAUAAAGCCCUAAAAUAUGCAAGCCAAGCGAACUCCACAGUGGUUUUAGCAUAAUAUUUUACAGUCAAUCAAAAUAAAUGCAUAUAACUGCAACAAUUGCAGCAAGAAUAAAAUUAACGCACCAAAUAUCGUGAAAACAUUCUGACAUCGGCAAACGCGUAACAUAACAAACUCUGAAAUUGUCCAAGUAAAAUUGCCUGCGACGAAUGCGAACGACGCUUGCUAAAGUGUCGAGAACGAUUGUGAGAACAAGAAGAAAAACAAUGACAAAUUCCACCAAUAUAGUACCGCAGCCAACGUGUAUAAUGAAAAAUAAACGAAAAAGUAAACUACCAAAUUUUUUGUUGUUAAUUACCGCAAUUUGUAUUAACAGUUUCUGGUCGUGGCUUGGCGAUGGCGGAGAUGCUGGCAGUAGUUUACUGCCGCUUGCUUAUGGCACGCAUAUGACCGUCACAGCUGGUGAUGCCAUCGCUCACACGUUCACCAUCGAAAUGCGUGGUCAAAAUCACUAUCACGAUGGAGGUGGAGGAGGCGGAGGAGACAGUAGCAGGAGUGGCAGUUUGGAAAAUAUGGAUAUGGAGAAUAUGGAUAUGCAUGCCUUUGAUAAUGAUGCUGGUAUGAGUGGUAUACCAGAAGAGUCAGAGGAGCGCGAUCAUAUUGCGCAUCAUUUUGAGAUGAAACAUCACGAAGAGUUGCUUGAGGAUAUUAGAGAAGACGCAUCUACGAAUUUAUUACCUACCAAAGAUUUACCAAAAUUUGGUGUGCAGUUACAAAAUGUCACAGUGCCUGUGGGACGAGAGGCGGUACUGCAAUGUGUUGUCGAUAAUCUGCAAACCUACAAAAUUGCGUGGCUGCGCGUCGACACACAAACAAUACUGACGAUACAAAAUCACGUUAUAACGAAAAACCACCGAAUGAGCAUAACUCAUGCUGAGAAGCGUGCUUGGAUAUUGAGAAUACGUGACGUGAAGGAAGCGGACAAAGGCUGGUAUAUGUGUCAGAUCAACACGGAUCCGAUGAAAAGUCAAGUUGGUUACCUAGAUGUUGUGGUCCCACCUGAUAUCCUCGAUUAUCCCACCAGCACGGACAUGGUGAUACGAGAGGGCGCCAACGUAACACUGAAAUGUGCAGCAGUUGGGUCACCAACACCGACCAUAACGUGGCGACGUGAAGGUGGUGAACCCAUACCGCUACCCAACAAUACCGAAGUCAUCGCCUACAAUGGCUCCUACCUGACGAUCACUAAAGUACAACGCCUUAAUAUGGGUGCAUAUUUAUGCAUCGCCUCGAAUGGCAUUCCGCCAACGGUCAGCAAGCGCAUAAUGUUGGUUGUGCACUUUCCUCCAAUGAUUUCGAUACAAAAUCAGCUAAUCGGUGCUGCCACUGGCCAAAACAUAGCACUUGAGUGUCAGUCAGAGGCGUAUCCGAAGUCUAUCAAUUACUGGACGAAAAAUGAUACGAUCAUUGUACCGGGUGGACACUUUGCAUCCGAAACUUUUGAAAGUGGCUACAAAAUAACUAUGCGAUUAACCAUAAAAGAUGUUGACACAUCAGACUUCGGUUCUUACCGUUGUCUGGCGAAAAAUUCGCUUGGUGAUACGGACGGCACAAUCAAGCUCUAUCGUAAGUGAACGGUGAACAUGAAAAAUAAAUAUUCUUACACAAAUAUCUAUAUGUAAUCACAACACAAACACACUCUAACAUACUUAUGUACUAAAGCAAAUAGAAAAUAUGAGCUUGCACACCGUGGAGAAGAAGCGUGUACUGUAAUCGGCAAUCAGGCCAUUGAAAAAAGAAAGGCGGUGUAAUAAUAAUGUCCUUUCACUUCGAAGUCAAGAUGUUAAAUCAGAAAUUUGUUGAUAAAAAGAAACCUAGAACCACGUCUUGCGUUACUCCACUCGAAAUAGGGUAGCCCUUAGUACCCUCAGAAUCGAAUAAUAGUCGCCUGUUUUCAAGAUAACUCAU